AGUGCACUAAGCUGGUGCAAGUUAUAAAAGGGAGUGCAAUAACAUACAAGGACGUACCUGGUUGUGGUACAUUACACCUGUAACUUAACAACCUUCUGCAACACUUGGCAACAUCGGCUAUCCGCAACCCGCUUUCUUAACCUUGGGCUUAGAUGCUUUUGCCAUAAUGGAUCCGCGUGUGCGAAGUCUAUAUAAGCGACUCAUACACUUAGCACGCGACUACCCGAAGGGCAUCACUGAGGCGCGCCGAAGGCUGCAGGCAGCUUUCAAGUCCCCCAAAGCAGAGCCGCUAGACGACGCGAUAGCAAAGGGAGAGUACGUGGCCCGCGAGCUUGAGGCGCUGGUGUACCUGCACAAGUACCGCACAUUGUUUAAGCGCUACGACGAGCUCAGGCCCGAGCCACCUGCUCGAUCCCCUGGCACCAGGAGCCGCUAAGGCCUUCGCCUAAGAUACCGGAGACCGACUUGCCCAGUCGAGGCCACCCAUGGCAGCGCAUGGCCUUGGCAUCGCUCCUAACAGCGCGCUGCCUGCAAGACGCUACUGCACUCAACAGGCGUCAAGGCGCACUCACAUCCUAACAACACCUGGGGCGACACGUAUCUCCAUCGCACCGAAACCAACAGCGGGACAGACGCAGCAGCGGCAGCAGCUGCUACCUCCCGGGCUACCAUGCUACCGGCAACCACUGCAGCCCUGGAUGCGGCAUCGCCAGUCGCGGUCGCAUCAGCCCUACCCAGCACCUCAGGCCGCGCCAGGGGUUGCGGCGGCGGCAGCUGACAAUACCCCGACAGCACAAGAGGCGUCUGCUCAGCCCCCCCUGGCGACGCUGGCGGCCGCAGGGCUGUUACUGACGGGGCUGCUGCUGUUGCUUGCCACCUCCACACCCGCCUCCGCGGCAUCCGCAGGGUCGCCCCCCUCGCAUCCCCCUCUGACCUCCUCGCUGUACGGCACCCCGGCUGACAACAACAGCGGUGGCGGCAGGGCGACAUGGCCCACAUGGGUGGAGGCUGCUGGCGGGGUUGAGCGACCCGCACCGAGGCAGGCGUCGGGGUCGGGGUCGGGGUCGGGGCUGCUGGCGGCUGCGCUGGGCGGGGUGGACUGGCGACACCAGCUGCGGCUGGCUGCCUGGGAGCUGGCGGGCGCUGCGGGCGCCGCUGCCGCCCUAGUGGCCUACCAGGAGCGACCCCGGGGCUGGGCGCGGAGGGAGCUGCUGGAGGUUCGUGCCAGCCCCAUCUCGGGUCGCGGCGUGUUCGCCCGCGCGCCCAUCCCCUCCGGCACGCUGCUGGGCUCCUACCCGGGCCGCCUGCGCAGCGGUCCCGACAUGCUGGCCAAGUGCAGGCGGGCGCCGGGGGCGGCGGCGUACGCAUUCAAGACGGGCGACGGCCGCUUCCUGGACCCCACCGACCUGUCGGGCGCCCCCAGCCCCUUCCCGCAGCCCGGCCCGCCCUGGCCGCUGCCACUGGAGGUGGCGCUGGCGUUCGUGAAUGAGCCGCCCAAGCACUCCCCGGGCACCAACGUCACAGUUGAGGACGGCCCCGCCCCGGGAGAGCUGCUCUUCGUUGCGGCGGCCGACAUAGCCCCUGGGGCGGAGCUGCUCAUCGACUACGGCACAUCGUACGACAGGUCACAGUACGGCAGCAGGGAGGAGGGAGGGGGACGGCAGUGAGGGGGGAGGGAAGAUAUGAAACGUUAAGCAACGAUGAGCAGCAGUGAGGGGAAGGCAGGAGCGAGUCGGGCAGCGGUAGAAACGCUGGAGCAGUGGUGGUGGUGGUGGCGGCAGUAGAGCACGGCAAACUGCAAGGCGAACGAGGAAACAGACAGAUAUGGCAAACAGUGUGCAUGGGCUGCCGUACGACAAUGCAGAGAUGCGCAUGCCAGGGGAAGGAGGACUGGCGGGAGUGUGUUAAGAAAACUGGCCGCGAGUAAGAAUGUACUGGGAUGUUGGAAGAUGAAGUCGGGAGUGUGUUAAGAAAACUGGCCGCGAGGCGAAACGUACUGUGAUUGCCGAAAGAUGAGUGCAGGGAGUGUGUGUGCGUCGGGAGGGCAGGAGGAGGUUGUUGUGGGUACAUCCGUACCUGCAGGGAGGGUUGGGCUGUUUGGAAGCUGUCGCUAGUGUAGUUCGGAGCCCUGUUGCUGGUGUUGCGUAGUUGUUGCACUGCUGUCACCGGAUGUACUCAGCCGGGGAGGGGAGCAAAGGCUGGGGCAGCUUUGGAGGGAUUUGUGCUGUUGGGGCUGAGGUUGAGGAAGGGGAAGUAGGUCGCGCCUAGCACCCCGGUAGCCAGGUAGGACCGCAGCUAUGUAAUCAUGUGCUUUACUCCUUGCUGGAUGAUAACGGUACAUGAUUCUCGUUUGCGUACCCUCUGCGACAUAUGAAACAUAUGAAACUUGAUGCGUCUUUUCAACAGGCGAUGCAUAGUACAAACGAGCUAUAUUGCCGUGAAGGUGUUGUAAGCAAUGGCAAUGGGGCGGCAAUGAGC